AUGAAAAGAAAGAGAAAAAAUUGUAUAGGAUUAUGUUACUGUUCAUUUGAUCAAUUUCAGAGAGGGAUUGAAUUUAUUAAAGAAACAGAUGCAAUAUUAGAUGAAGACAUAUUCAUAAUAUUAAAAAGAGUAUGUUCUUUUUUAUUUUUUUGUGUUAAAAACAAUAACUUUGAUAUAUUAUUUGAUUAUGAAAAUAAAAAAAGGUUAUCAGAAAAUGAGAAGAAAAAUAUAGAGGAAAUAAAGGAUACCAACUAUUUAAUUCUGAAUAAAAACGAGAUAAUUGAAGAUUAUGAAUUUAAUCAAGAAGAUUUUAUAAUAAUUAAAAAUAUUAAUAGAUUACUAUUAAAUAAAUUAAUAGAUAAUUAUGUUGGGUAUUCAUGGUUAUGUUUAAUUUUAUCAGAAUAUCUGAAUAACUUAGAUGAUUAUAUUCACGAUGAAGUAAAUAAAAAUGAAGAAGAUGAAUUAAAAAAAAACGAUAAAUAUAAUAUUAUAAAAGAAAUAGUACAAUUACAAGAAAAUUGUAAAUUUGAACAUGAUAGCAGAAAAAAAUAUUGCAACAAAAUGAAAAAAAAAGUGAAAAAAAAAAGAGAUGAAAAAAAACGAAGUUAUAUUAAUUAUUUAUUUUGUUAUUACAGUAAUUAUUCUAGUUAUAUUUGUAAUAAUGAUAAUACAAAUAAUAAUUUCAAUAAUGAUAGUGCAUUUUAUUUAAAUGAUAACAGUAGUUAUGAUUGGGUUUUUAGUGAUGAUAACAAUUUAAGAAGAAUUAAUAAUCAAAAAUAUGAUGAAAAAAACAUAGCUUUGGAAAAUUCUAAAUUUUCUGGUGAAUGCCUUAAUAAGAAAACUUGUACAGAUGGAAACUGUAGCGAGAUAUAUGAAAAUAAAAGAUUAAGUAAAAAGAGAAAAAUCAUGGAAAAUCAAUAUUGUUUGAAGACUAACAUUAAGACAACAAGUACAGAGGAUGAUUAUAUAAAAAGAAAUAAUCAACAUAAAAAGUUUGAAGUAAAUAAUAACAGCAUGAAACGUUUUUAUGAAGAUGAUAAGUUUGUUGAAAGAAAUUAUCAUUUUUCGAAUAAUGAGGAAUUUCUCAGUCCUCUGAAAAGAAAGGAAAAAAGGAUUGCUAAAAAAUAUUUUUCAAAUAAUUUUAUAGGUUAUAACUUAAAGAAAAAUGAUAGUGAUAAUAAUAAAAAUAUAUUUACUAAUAAGAAUGUUUAUGAUAAUAAGAAAUUAAAUUACAGUGAUAUUAAUUUUAAUGAUAAUAAUAUAGAUUCUGAAAAUAUAAAUGAAAAAAAAUUAGAUGAAAUAAAUUUAAUUAAUGAUAUAACGUUAGAUAGUAAAAACUUACCUAAUGAUAACAAUCUAUUUAAUAAUUUAAAAAUACACGAUCAUAAAAUAAAGAAAGAAGAUAACAUAAGUGAUAAUCAGUUGCAUUAUUUAUACAAGGCAUUAUGUGACUUUUUGUCAACAAAAUAUAAAACAAAUAAAUUACUGAAGUAUAUGGAUGAGUAUAGAGACAUGUAUGCAUGGAAACCACCAUCAUUUUAUUGGAAAAUUUUAAAAAAUAAGUAUGUAGUUAGAGAAAUAUUAAAAUUGUAUGAAGAAAGAUAUUUAGACCCUUUUUUAUCAUGCUUGUAUGAAGAUUUUGUGAACAAAUAUUAUUUUGAAGAUAAAGAAAAUAAUAAUAUAACUACAUAUACAAGUAAUUUUAAUGUUUUUACUUUAAGAAUUAGUGAAGAAAUACAAAAGUUUUUAUUAUUAGAUGAACCUGAAGAAGAAAAAGAUAUUUUAAGUAUAUGCAAAAAUAUUUGUAUCAGUGAAAACUCAUACAUAUAUGCACAGUUAAUAUUAGAAUAUAUAUAUAGAAAUAACAAUGAUAGUAGUAUGAGAAGAUUAUCUCAAUAUCUAUGCCUUUAUAUUUUAUAUAGAGAUAUAAAUGUAUAUAAUAUUUGCAAUAAUUAUUUUUCUAAUAUAAUAGAAAACGAAGUAAGUAUUUCUUAUUUAAUUUUUAAAAUUAAUAAUUUACAUAACUACAAUUCAUUAUACAAUAUUUUCAAAAAUAUAUAUAUGACCAGAAAUAAAGGAUGCAUGAAUAUUAAUCAUACAGAUAUAAUAAAUUUGCAUAAUGCUAUUUUAAGAAUUUUAAAAAUUUUUAAUGGAAAAAAAUUAUUAUUAUUUGAUUCAACCUAUAUGUUUAAUCUUAAAAAUUUACAAAAAGUUAUGAAAAAAGAAAAAAUUAAAGAAAAAAAAACAUUACUACAGGAAGAAUAUAGUAAUAAUGAAUAUUUUUACUCAGAUACGAAGAAUCAUUGUAUUAAUUCAAAUAAUUCAUAUAAAAAUAGUAAUAGAGAAAUAUCAGAAAAUGUAAGAAACAAUUCAAAUGAAGAAGAAAGUGUAGGUUCACAUUAUUCUAAAGGUUACGAUAUAAUAAAAGAUAAAAAAAUGAAAAACGAUAAUGACACAAAUAUUACUAGCAAUAAUAAAUUUAAGAGUAAUAAUAACUAUACUCCUGAAAUAAAUAAAUCAAAAAAUUCUUUAUAUGGGACUUAUGAAAAAAAUGAAAAAAAAAAGAAAAAUGGAAAAAAAAUUAAAAGCAUUAUGAGUGAAUUCUUAUUGCCUUCUGCAUCUCAAUAUGGAAACAAAAAUUUUAAUUAUAAAAAGGAAUUUCUGAGAAUAAAUAUUUAUGCAGAAAAAAUUCCUCUUAUCCAUAUUAGAGAUAUUUUUUUUAUUAACAACAUCAUAAAUAUAUUUGUUAUUAAUAAUAAUUUAUUUUCUAAUGAUAUUUAUAAAAUAUAUGCAAAGGUUCUUAUUUUUUUGACUACUUACUCUCCUUAUGAAUAUGUGUACAAUUAUUAUUACUUUUUUUUUUUAAAGAAAAAGAAAAAAAUUUCCCAAAAUUAUUCAAGUUCCUUUUUUAAUAUUUAUGACGAUAGCAUUUCUAUUAACUUUAAAAAAAAAAAGAAGAAUGAAAAAGGGAAAGAAAUAGAAGAGAAGUUGGAAGAGGAAGAAGAUCAAGAAGAAGAAGAAGAAGAAGAAGAAGAAGAAGAAGAAGAUCAAGAAGAUCAAGAAGAAGAAGAGGAAGAAGAUCAAGAAGAUCAAGAAGAUCAAGAAGAUCAAGAAGAUCAAGAAGAUCAAGAAGAAGAAGAAGAGGAAGAAGAUCAAGAAGAAGAGGAAGAAAAUCAAGAAGAAGAAAAAGAGCAAGAAGAUAAAGAAGAAGAUAGAGAAAAAGAAGAGGAAGAAGAAAAAAUAAAACCUAAUAGUGAAGGUAAUAGAAAAGAAUAUAAAGAUGAAAUACGAUUUUAUGAAUUUUUAAGAAUAAGUAAUAUGGAUAAAAAAAAAUUUACUUUAAAAAAAGAAAGUAAUUUUAUCAGUAAAGAUAAAAAUGAUGAAAAAGAAUUAAAUGAAAGAGAUUUAGUAAAAUAUUCUUGUAAGAUAAAAAAAGGGGGAGAUUGUAAAACAUAUUUGAAUACAUAUGAGAAAGAUAAUAAUUAUGAUUUAGAUGUAAUACAUCGUAAAUAUGAUUAUAAAGAUUAUGAAGAUUAUAAAGUUGAAGAAAAACAUAUUAAUAACAAUAAUGAAUCUAUUAUUGAUUGUAAUAAAUCCUUAAAUAAUAAAAAUAACUAUAAUUCAAAUAACCAUAAUAUUAUACAACGAACAAAAACAAAUUUUGAUAAAAACUUUGUUAAUAAAAGAAAUUGUACAGAGGUAUUCAAUGAAAAAAAUUUAUUAAAAACUAAUGAAAAAAAAAAAAAAAUACAAAGUAAAAAUGCAUAUCAAAAAAAAAAAAACAAUUUAUAUGGAUACGAGUCUAAAGAUAUAUCUGAUUACAGCAAUAAUUGUAUUAAUGAUAAGCACGAUAAUAUUGUAAAUAAUAAUUAUAAUCAUACUAACAAUAUAGAUAAUAAAAAAAGUAAUAUAAAUGAUAAAUUAAGAGAAAUAAGUAACGUAAAGGGUGCUAUAUUUCCAUAUGAUAAUAAUAAUUUUUUAAGAAAUGAUAUGGAAAAUAAUAGUUUAACUUCAUUUAACGAAAUAAAUGAUAGUAUAAACAAAAAUAAAGUUAUAGAUAAUGCAAAAUCAUUAGAAAUUAAUAAUAUUUUAAAUUAUAAAAAUGAAAAUGAUACUACUACUAAUAAUAAUUUAAAUGAUAUUUUUGAAUUAAAAACAGAAGUAAAAUCUUGCGAUGAAGUAAAAAGUAGCGUAUUUCAGAAUAUAAAAACAAAAAAAAAAUUAAAAACAAGUAGAAUGAAUAAAAAAAAGAAAUAUUAUUUUUAUAAAUUAUUUCAUAAAUUUAGAUUAACAUAUAAUAAUUUUAUAAAAUAUAUUCAAAAAGAAAUUUUUCAUAUAUAUCAAAUUAUUCAUGGAAACUACUCAGAUGUAUUUAAAGAUAAAUUAUUACUCGGAAAGAUUAAUAGCAACUUAUCAGCAUCUAUUAUAUAUAAAUAUUUAUAUAAUAAUAUUUAUGAAUAUGUUAAUUUAUCAAAAAUUAAUUUGAUAUAUCCAAAAUUUAUUUUACUAAAAUAUAUUAUUGAUAAGUAUCCUCAAAAAAGAUUUCUAACUCUAUAUUUUUUGAAAGAAUUAUAUAUAUUUAUAAUUGAAAAAGAAAAAGCGUUAGAGGAAUAUGCUGAAUUAAGAGAAAACAUUAUUUUGUUUUUUGUUUACUUAAUUAGAUUUGAAAAUAUGUUUUGUUAUGUAGUAAAUAUAAUUAAAUCAAUGGUUUACUUAUUAGAUAAAUCAUUAAUAAGAUUAUUUAUAAUGAAAACAUUAACAUAUUGUUCACCUCCCUAUGAUUUAAAAUUUUGCGAAUCUCUUUUAAAAUUUAUUUAUUUAGUUUUAAAAAAAGGUGGUAUUUAUUAUAAAAGUGAAUUCAAAAAAAUAAUAAAUAAAUUUUUAGAUGAAAUUGUAGAAAUGCACAAAAUUAAUCAAACUUCUAAAACUAAAGAUCUGUACAUUUUAAGUAAUUAUAUUAAAGAACAAAUGAUAAAAUCAGAAAAUGAAAUAGAAACACAUUAA